CCGAUUAUCUACACGCCCCUCUAGUUUUCUGGAAUCACGGUUGCGUCCCUGGUGCAAGUGACUGGGUAAAGGGACUAAGGGAGGAGGAGAUGCGGUCUCCACAGGAGGCGCGUGACCUUGACUUCGCGUCGUCCUGCGGCGCGCGCGACCUGGACGUUAUCACGUUCGGGUUCACGCCGUGGGGGCCCGAGUCGUGCCCUAGCCUGGAGCAGGUGAUGGCGUCGACGACGGCUGCGGGCGAGGAGGCAGACGAGGAGGAGGAGCAGCGGCGGCAGCGGCGGAAGAUAUCGAACCGGCUGUCGGCGCAGCGGUCGCGCGCGCGGAAGCAGCGGCGGCUGGAGGAGGUCCGCGCGACGGCGGCGCGCCUCCGCGACGAGAAGCAGGUGCUCGCGGCCAAGCUGCAGGCCCUGGCGCGGCACGACCUCGUCGUGCGCUGCGAGAACGCGCGGCUCUGCGCCGAGGCCGCCGCGCUCGAACGCCGCCUCCGCGAGGCACGCAGUCUCCUCGCGCUUCGGCGGCUCGCGCAGCUCCUGCCACAGCCGCUGCCAGAGCAGGCCGGAGUCGCGCCGGCGGCCUCCUUGGGGUUGGCGUCCCUGAUGACCUAGGGGGACUGCCGAUGACACGAAACUCUCGUCACAGGUUAAGUUUUGGCACGGACGCGAGUCGACUGGGAACACGAGCACGCCGCAUGCAGCAUGCAAGCUAGAUAGCCCUGGCCUACUGCGGCUGCUACUGCUACUACUACAACUAAGUAUGUCCCGCAUUUACGUGUAAUUAAUCUCUACACUACAUGGAGGUUGAUGUAAAUUAAAGUGAAAAAAAUUUCACCGUAUGUGCAAAUGCAACAGACAUAACGGACGUGCUUA